UUCGUGUUUUUGUUCUCCAAGUGUUCGUCACUCAGGUGCUCAUCUUUCUCCUUCGAGUCUUCUUUGCGAUCGCUCUCUUCGCACGCACGACACGGCGAUGUCGUCGACGGUGAAGCACACAUCGGACGAACAGCUGAGCGAGUCCUGGGUGGAGCUGGUACCGGACCCGUUGUCAGCCGCCCGGACAACUCCGACGCCGUUCAGCAACAGCGGCGAACGCGAAUACCUGCGACUUCUCCGUGAAGCACAGAGGGAUUCCACACACUCGUCCGCGAGGCAUUCCCUAGCGUCUUCGCGCCGGGACACCCCGAGGGACAGCCCGAAGAGCCCGCCGAAUAGCCCGAAUACGGAACUUUCGACCGAGGAUGAGCUCAAAGGCGUCUACAUAAAUUACAGUUGCAACAAGGAGGGCGAACUUCUAGAGAAGAACACCGAUUGGAUCUACGAGUGGAGCUCUCGACCAGACCAGAUGCCACCGAAAGACUGGAAGUUCAAACAUCCUCUAGGAACUAAGAGGAAAACAUACAGCAUUCGUACGGCAAAAGUCGGCAAGAACGGAUUAUUUUCCAAGGAAGUCAUUUACACUUUAUUCUUCACGAACUUUUUGUCUCUGCUCAUUGGAACCGGCUUGGGCGUUCUGCUUACCAGGCGAGGUUUUAUGAUGUCUCGCGUUGCGAUUGAGUGAAGAUCACGAUUCUGGAAGCGGCGGCAUUAGGAUUGUCACGGUUGAACACGCGCUGGAUAAGUGGGCUGGAUGCAAGAAAGACUGAACAAAAAAGUCCCAUGGGCGAUCAAGGCUAAAACAAAAAAAAAAAAAAAACAAACAGAUACACUCAGCACAUUAAUUCGAUUGUCCCGAUUCAUAAAUAUUAUUAGCGCACUUUGUAUUAUAUAUUAGCACACACUUUUACUACUCCAAAUCCUUAACUAUAUACUGUACUUCUGAGAAAUUGCAUAUAUCGAGCAUAAAUAAUACGUAUGACAUGCUCGUAGGAGAAAAAAGGAAGAAGAACUGUAAGACGAAGAGAAAGAAAGAUGAUCUAUCGUAGUCUAGAAUCUUAUCGAGGAAACUUAUUCACAGAGGAACAGGAAAAUGAACGAAACAUGUCCAUUUUAUACCGUUUCUAAUGCGUUUUUAUCUGCGAUAGUUUGUAGAUAUAAGCUUGAGUAUAGUAUUUAUCUAAAAUUAAUUAUGUUAAAGAGAAGGAAUUUAAAAAAGAGGAGUGAGAGAUUGAAAAACGAACGACAGAAAAGAGGUGUGUUCUAUGUGUGUGAAUGUGUAUGUGUGUGUGUGUGUGUGUACGUGUGUGUGUACGUGAAAAAAGAAUCAGGCUAACUGCGAAAGAGAAUCAACAUUUAUUAAUGAACACUGUUAAAUGACUCGUUCUGAUCACACGGGAAGUUACGGGAAUUUCAUCCGAACGAACGAGUUUUACGGUUAAAAUUUGUUACGGGAGUGAAAAAAAAAAAAAAAAAAAAAAA